AUGGCGCUGCGGAAGUAUUCUACGGAAGAGCAGAAGCGGGUCAAAGCUACCUUACGUCACCUAGAUACGGCGGUGGCGGUUUUGCAGCAGGAAGUGAUGCGGCACCCUUACUACUCCGCCCGAAAGGAGGAGCUGAGGGUCAAGGAGUCUCAAUUGGCAGCUUAUCUCGCCUCGGAGCAGGAGAGGCUGUCUCUCAUGGCUGGUGUCAAGGAGCUGCAGGAGGGGGAGAUGCCCGGCAAGCUCAUGUCUGCGAAGGUUAAAACACGGAAGGAAAAGACAAUCAUUACAUCGCUGCAGUGGAAUGGUGUGGUGCGGAAAGACUCCAAGGGGAUACUGGAAGUUGCAUCUGAGUUUUACGCGGAUCUGUUCUCGGAACCUACCCCAUCCGCGGACAGCUCACACUGGCCGAUCGCCCCUGACAAAAGAAUAGGAGAGGCGCACGCUCAACUGCUGGUGGCGGAUUGGUCUGAGGCGGAGGUAAAAGAGGCCCUGGACGGUAUGGCGAAAGGCAAAUCUCCUGGCGCCGACGGGAUCCCGAAUGAGUUCUUCUGCCAGCACUGGGACUCGCUGGGUGGUGAUCUGCUCGGCUUCGUAAAAAGGCUGGCUGACGGAGUUUCGCUGAUCGCGGACAUCGUCGAAGCGGCGAAAUGCAAGGACGAGGAUUGGUACCUGCUAUUGGUGGAAUUUCAGAAGGCCUUCAAUUCUGUCUCGCGUGAAUACCUCUUUGGCACGAUGGAGAGGAUGGGUUUCCCGCGGAAAUUUGUGCAGUGGUGUGAAGGUCUUCACGCGGGGUCGACGACGAGACUGCUGCUCAACGGCUGGCUAGGGGAGCCGGUGGCGGUCAGGAAAGGGGUACAGCAGGGUUGUCCGCUGGCGCCCUAUCUCUUCCUCUGCGCGGUGGAGCCUCUUUGCCAAGAAGCAAGAAGGCGGAAAUUGGGGAUCAGUAACCCGUACGGGAAUUGUCUUGCGUACCUGGGGUAUGCAGACGACACCACGCUGGUGCUCAAGGGGAAAAGGCAGAUUGGCCGGGCGGUGAAGCUGCUGAACGAGUUUGGAGAGAAGUCAGGUCUUCGGGUGAACAAUGACAAGUCUGCGCUUCUGCCCCUGGGGAGGAACCUGCGCAAGAAGCCAGACAAGUCGUCAGUCUUCUAA